ACGUUCAGAUCUUCGUCGAGAUUCGUCGCGCAACCGGUUGACUUCACGCCGGUCGAACGGCUAAGCUCGCUGCUGUCGAACGUGCCGUCCGAGCUCGCCGCUUCCUCAUUCUACAUCGCGACGUCGCGUCCCGGGCUCGUAAAAAUCGUGACAGUUUUCGGGACGCGCUUUUCGCAGAGCUGAGAGUCUAAGAAUAACCGCGCGAGUGACAGGAGGGUAUCCGUUCGUCGUAGCGACGCUUCGCGAUUUCGCUCGCGAUGUUAUCACCGAUGUCGCGGAUCUCCUUCGAUGCCGCGCGCGCGAUAAGAGGAGCCUCUCCGCGACAGAUAAGAGCGACGCGCGUCUCACACGCAAGCCUCGUCGUUCGCUCGCGCCACACGCAGUGGCAGUCGCCGCCUGUCCACGACCGCGUGAGCAUCUUUCGAAACGUCCUCGCCUACGCCGCGCGCAUCGCUUCACCUACAAGUCGCGCGACACAAUAGCGACUUGAGCCGACCCGACGACGCGAAUCUCACACAAGGAACACACGGGAAGAAGGACGGGAGCGAGAAAUUGGCACAGGUGGAGAUUACAGCGGUGACGGCGGCCGCGGGUGCCCCGAAAGGUCAGAAGCAACGGGGAAGCACCGCGGAGAUCUCGCGACACGGUCUAAGCACAGCCUCGAUUUCUCACCGGACAGCGGGCGUGCGCACGCGCACAGGCGGACAAUUCAAUUAGGAGCGCGUAGGCGGAUCGCAAGCUCGUUCGCUCCGACAGAUAAUUACGUCGUGCAGUCCUACGUGGGAUGAAUGAACGUGACCCGCGCGCAUUUUUCCCUUCCUCCCGAGUCGCGACGCUGGGAGAGAGGGCGACAGAGGGAGAGAGAGAAGAAGCGGAGCGAAACGAAAGAAGAGGAGCGGGGGGGGAGGAGCGUGCGUACGUCGCGCGAGCGCGCUCGUAAAUCGAGCGAACUGAAACGUCCCGUUGCCGCCGCGGUGUGGACGCCGCUUUAAAAGCGCAUCCGCGACGAGCAGCGCUCCCGGCCGCCAAGGGCCGCGGCCUUUCUUGCGAUACCGAACACCAAGGGGAGAAGUCCCCCGGUCCGCGAGGACGACCUUCCUCUUCCUGCGGCCGAAGAAGCCUGCAACGCCAACUGCCAAGCGACUUUGUGAUCCCCCGAAAUCGAUCGAGAUCCGCGAGAUCGUCCGCCCGUAUACGGGAUGCGCGUGGGCGUCGUGUGCGUGUGCAUGCGGGGAAGUGCGAGGUUCACGAGUGCGUAUCGAUCAUCGCGGGGCUCACGGGGGAACGUAUCGCGACGUUCGUGACAGUUGCGCGACGUUGCGCGGACAUGUAACGGUUUAUUCGUCGAGAUCACUCGCGCGCUUCUUUUCCACACAGGGCCGUAGCGCGCGCGUGCGCGCGCGCGCAUGCGCGCGACCACCGCCGUAGCUUUCGAAUUUGCAAUUUUACACGAGCGGCUACUUUGUAACGUAUUUUUCUCUCUGGCUCCGUCACGGUGAGCGUGCGCGCGGACUUUUCGUCUCUCGCGGUCCUCCUCACGAGCGGCACCGAGGAAGACAAGGAAGACGAGUAGGCGGACGAAAGAAAAAGUGCAAACGCCGGAGUGGCGGGGAAUAAAAAGUGCGAGGAGAUGACGAGAUCGGACGAGUCCCGUGAGGCGUGAGGCGGCGGCGGUUCCGUCGUGAUGAAUGCUGGAAGAGGUAUACGGAGGGUGAGCCGUCGGACGGAAACGAGGACGAUUGAUUCGGGUACGCGUCCGUCCGCCAUCGCCGCUUGAAUCGCGCGCGCUUCGUCAUGGAGAGGCGGGGAGGCGGGGAGGCGCGGCCGAAGAUCGAGAUCGUGCGCGUCUCGUCCAUCGAGCGGAGCAACUUCCGGCCGUUGGACGGGGUGCAGCUGCGCGCGACCUACAGCCACGUGCGCGUGGGGACCUACUGCCCGGAACCGGAAGCCAAGCUGGCCGAGAGCAAGCCGCCGAUCGAACAGCAAACGCGACGCUUCAAGAAAAACUUGGGACCAGUAUCAAGACUGCUGAGACGUCGUCAUCAGGCGACAUGCCUUGCCACCAAAUCCUGUGAUAACAUUUAUAGCGUGAAUAGAAAUAGUAAUUCCCUGGAUUGGAGGGUCGGCCAAAACGCCAACGAGCAAGGUUUGCAAGCCAGACAGAGCAGCAGCCUGGACUGGAGGGUAGGACGGUCCGUCACUUUCGGUUCCAACAGGCUCCACUGGCGGGACGCGACGCGGAGCGCCGAGCAGCUUUCCCGAAGCGCGCCUCUCACUUCCGAUCAUCUUCAGACGCCGAGCACGAGAUCGAAACUCGUGUCGCUGCUGAGGCGACUUUCUCCACGCCUGUCCCGUCCCGGAAGCAAGGGCUCGCUGCAGUCGUCGCCGACGAUUUGUCCCUGGGUCCAAGUCGAAUAUUCGACGGAAUCGAUCGAGGCCGGCAGGCGGGAGGAGUCGCAGGAGAGUGACGCCAGCUUCCAGCAGGAGCUGCAACUGAACGAGCUGCGGAAGCGAAUGGCCGGGAUCGCCUCCACGUCUCAGGUCACCACGAAGAGUGCGAGGGAUGGCGCGAGACAGCAGAGCCUGCCACGACCCAGGAUUCACGUGCAGGAACCCGAUUCCGAGUGCAAUCACCGCGUGCGCAGAGCUGUGCACGAGGGCCGCGUGGACGAGGAUCGGCGAGGAAGCGGGCAGCCGUGCGGGGGCGGCGAGGUGGCGGGCCUGGAAGACGUCGACGACUCCUGCACCGCGACGGUGACGUCGUCGGUACCCGGAGCCGGCGGCAUCCGCUCGCACCGACGUAACAGGCCGCUCUCCCUGGCCGUCCAGCCUCUCAACUAUCACCGCCUCGACCCGGACCACAAGACAGCCGCGGAGAUCGCCGCCAGGCACCAUCACCCUAACAUGACCAGCCAGGAGAGUAUCGGCAGCUGCAGCCUGGACGUCGACCGCUCCGCGUCCGACCGAUCAGAAAACACUGUGGACUCGGUGUCCGAGAAGACCCUGCACAGCCUGAACUUGUCGUGCAACGGUGAGCCGGUGUCGUCAGCUGAGAACUUGGCGAACGGCAGCAGCGAGACGCUACAGAAGUCGCACCUCAGCCCCGAUGACAAGCUGAACGUCAGCAAUGGUCCACGGGGCAGCCCCGAGCCGGAGCAGCUGACAGCGAAGAAACCUAGUUACUUGGGUCUGGCGUGCAGCAUAAGCGGUUACUCGGGCAUCACCAGGUACGACAGCAAGCUGAGGGAAGGAUUCCGCUCGAGAGACAGCAGCCCCGGCGCAAGAUUGAUCACGAGGGACACGAGUCCUGCAGGUUUCAAAUCCAACGAGAAUCUCAGUGUUCCGUCGCAGUAUCAUCCGCCUAAGAGUCACUCGAUAUCGCCGUUAGCGAUGGACCGGCAAAAUGGAUUCGCCAACGGCGUGAAGGAGGAGUGCAAGGUCGAGACGUACAUAGAGACCAGAAGCUCGAUCACGAUAUGCCAAGACUACUCGGAGGUUGACAAAGGAGUGUCGUUGCACACGGCGUUUCCCGACCUCAGCCCCAUCAGGACGAGCGCUUCCGUCAGCAAGCAAAGCCCCGCCGGGAGGUCGCCGAUGAUGUCCUGCGGUCAACAGGACAAGACCUUCCCGGCGAGUUUCUCCUCUCCCAAGCAGCAGCAGCAGCAGGGUAUCAGUAAUCUCUCAAGUACUUCGUUCAGCGACACUAAUAUUCUAAACGGCUUGACGACCGAAGUCGAGAGCCAGGUGCUGAACACCUCGUCGAGCAGCGAGAAGUCCUUCAUUCAGCAGCGGGUGGAGCGGCUCUACGGCCCAGGUGCUUUAGCGCAGGGUUUCUUCUUCAAACGCAGCACCACUAAGCUAAACGCCACCAGCGACAGUAGUUUCAAUAAGUCCAGUAACAAUAAUAAUAUCUCGACAGACAACGCAAACACAGACGAGUCGUUGAAGAAUCUGCCGGUCUUGCGGCACCUGCGCCCGGAAUUCCGGGCGCAGCUCCCUGUAGUUAGCACCAGAAAGCCUACUGAUGGUACGGAACAGAUCAUCAAGCCUCUGCAGAGGGUAAUACCGGCGACACGGAAGGUCGAUCCGAAGAGCCCCGCGACUACGAAUUCGCAGAACAGCGUGACAAGGAGGAUCCCAGUAGUGAUCGCGGAGAGCGAUACGUCGAAACGCGACACCGCGAGUAUAACUGAUCAGCAGCCGGCCGCGCCGAAGGUGGUGUUACCCGUGUUGGAACCCAGCGCCAGCUCGACGAACAUAGCGAAGCAGGCUCAGGAGGCGGAGAAGGCGGUCGAAGAGAAGGACGGGCAUUAUUUCAUGAAGUUGCUGAAGCAGGAGACGGACAGGUUGCUCUCGCUGGCUGCAUCUGCCGAGGCCGAAUUAGCUAGCGGCGACACCGUUGCGCUGCCGGAGGAGGCGGCCGGUAAACUAAGAUCGGCCGCGGGCAAAGCUAGACUGUUGGCUUCUCAGAAGAUGCAGCAAUUCGAGGGAUUGUGUCAGAAGAAUAUCAAUCAGGUGCCGGGUGAGGAAUUCCCGACGACGAACGAGGACUUGGCCGGCUUCUGGGACAUGGUGAUGCUGCAGGUGGUUCAAGUGAACGAUCUCUUCGAUCAGAUUGAGAAGCUGCGGAAGUCACAGUGGCAAGAGAUCGUGCCGGACAAGAAAGCUGCGCCAGCCUCGCAGAACGGCAAGCGCCGAGUCAUCCCGCUCCACAAAGCGAAGCCGACCGCGAACAGCGAGGCGAGCAGAAAGGCGCGGGAGGCGAGGGAGCAGGCGCGGCGGCAGCUGAUCGAAGAGCGGAGACGAGCGAUGCGCUCUAACGCGCAGAACACCGACAGUUCCGUCGAGAUCUUCGCCCCCGAGACGUAACGGCGAACAACGGCGCGCUCCGAGUCGGGACUCGGAACAAAUGAUGAGAAACGAUCGACCGGCACUGUAGAGAGAGAGAAAGAGAGAGAGAGAGAGAGAGAGAGAGAGAGAGAGAGAGAGAGAGAGAGAGAGAGAGAGAGAGAGAGAGAGAGGGCCCUCGUAAGAAAUAUUAACGCGUGUAGAUUGUGACGUAGGAUUGAGCGCCGCGUCGCGACGCGGUCACACCUCGAAUGAGUCCCGAAGUGUGAGGUGACGCGCGAGGAGCUACAUAAGAGGGGGCGGAGAAGAGGAACAGAAAGGAUCACAUGUCGCUAUGCGAUCAGCUUCUGCGAAAAUCAAAGCUGCUUAUUAUUACUACUUACUGCUAUUACUACUACUAUUACUAUUACUAUUACUACUAUUACUAUUAUUAUUAUUAUUUUAUCAUCAUUGUUCGAUGUCUCAUCCUUCGCAUGCGAGCUGAACGCGAAUCAGACGCAGCGAGGGAGGGACAAGUAUCGAGAGCGAAUCGGAUCAGAGAUCGCACGUUGGGGUUACUAAAGAGAGUUUUGCGUUACAAACGCGGCAAGGGAAAGAAACCACGACUCGGAAGCGAAGGUCUCGUUUCUCUGGUCCAGUUUCAACGCGUCGCGCAUCAACGUCCCGAAUGUCCCAACAAUAACGCGACGAUCACGGCGCGUCGCGUCACGUCCCUCUUGUCCAUAGAGAUAUUUUGUAACGGAACGCGAGAUGGAUACUCGCCGUGGCGUCUUGUCGAAUCGUUUUUCUAUGUUGUGCGCCGGACAAGCACUGAUUAACUUAUAUUUGUACAAGCUGUAGUGGAAGAGAGAGAGAGAGAGAGAGAGAGAGAGAGAGAGAGAGAGAGAGAGAGAGAGAGAGAGAGGACAGCGUGAGAACAGCCGCGGAAUGCGGCGGCCACGAUGAGGAAUCAGGUGAACGCAGUAUCGUGCGAAGAACUUUUACCGAUGAUCGAAGUCAGUCGCCCUCCACGAGGUCUAGGGACAGUGUUUAGGUUAGAAAUUCAGCUAGGAGAGAGAACCGACGAUCGAAGUGUUGGACGACCUUCCGUGCGACUCCAUCACACGUGUGACGACGGCUUGUUUUCUAACGUGGACGACCGACGUACGGAUGUCUUCUCGAGCAGAUUCCGUCGCGACAGCUCACGAUUCUUCUUAAUCUAGACGAUGCGAUCUGUCGUGUAGUUUAUUAUGUAUGUAAAUAGAAUUAACGAAUAUUCACAAUCGCACGAGGCCGAUCUUACGUUGGGCCGAGUGUUGGCCUAAUAGCUUUUUCUAUUGAAUAUCGACAAAGUUUCCCAGUUGAGAGAGAUGCUGUCAAUAACAGACGAGAGUAAAAAGAUUCCUAUUAUUCUUAUUAUUCUUAUCAUUACAGUCACUGCGAUGAAACUUUAUUAUUAUUAUUAUUAUUAAUAUUUUAUUUUAUAAUUAUAAUUGUAAACGGUUACACUCUAAUCUCCCGCGCGAAACGUGGUCGUAUAAGUUAUUCUCCUUGGCGAUGAUGUUGUUAAUCGUCAAUUAAUCUCUCUUUCUCUCUCUCUCUCUCUCUCUCUCUCUCUCUCUCUCUCUCUCUGGAGCGUUUGCUGCGACGACGUUUCCACCACGUUACGCGCGCGAGACGCACCACGCGGUCAGGAGUAUACGUAUAAUGGCUGGCGUUUUUCACGUAAUUGUAAGGUGAUCGUGUUUAAUGAAUCAUCGAAUAUCGUACAUCGCACUCGAAGACGUUUGUAGAGGAGAGAGGAAGUUGGAUGCGAACGCGCGGCAGGUGUGCGUUGGAUACCAUCAACCAAUCAUCGCGCCUUCAGCGCGAUGCGACGCGUCGUCACGAAUCUCGAUCGGAUCUUCGACUUGAUUUGCUCAGCGCGUCGCUCAAUGUUACAUCCACCGAAUUUGACAUUCCCCGUGAUAAGAACGUCUCUCGUGAAAAAGGAGAAAAAAACAGAAAAAAAGAAAAGAUAUGCAAUCUCUUUUCACGUAGUUGUACGAUCGUAGCUUACACUCCUCAGCAUCCGAUUAACGGUUAGCGGUUCUAACGGCAAGUCAUCAACCAAAUAACAUUAUCAUACCAUAAGUAAAGUAAUCAUGAGCGCGCAUCGUCGCGCGCGCGAGAAUUGUAAUCAUGACUCUCUCGUUACUCGUGUUCGUGUUAUUAUUAUUAUUAUUAUUAUUAUUAUUAUUAAUAUUAUUAUGUCAUUGCCGACCUUCUCUCGGUUUUCUUUUGUCGAAAAUUUUUUGUAAAAAAUUCACCCGUGUAAUUUAUUGAUUGUUGACUCCCUUGGUGCCUUCAUUAUUUAUACACGUGUAUAUAAUCGACUGACACAGCCAACAAUUUUAUGUACAUGUAUCUAUUUAAAUUAUACGUUUGAUCGAA